CUAUUCCGAAGGUAGGCAGCCGUGUGCCAAGACGGCCCGGAGAUUCUCCUGAGGCGCCGAGGGAAACUCCGCUACCCGCUUUAUUUUUUCCCUCGUCGCUUCAGGCUGCUUGCUUUCCUCCGCCUGGUUUCCGAUCUCGGCGAGUCUCCGGAUCCCUUUCGCUUCUAAAGGCACACUGAGGCCUCCUUGGUGGGCUGCGGGCCGGACCCGCGAGAGAGGAAAGGACUGGCGGUUUCACCGGGUCGCUGCUGACCGGGAGCCCGCGGCACAGUGCCGCCGCAGUCCAGGAAGACAAGCAAGAGAUCGGCGGUGGGAGGAGAAAACACGAAACGUAACCAGGCCCUCUGGCUCCUCGAAGAACGCCGCUGCUGACGACAGCGGCGAGGCGAGCUUUGCAGAGGGGAAGGGAGGUUUCGCUUCCAGCCGUGGCAGCCGCCAAGGUCCCUUUGCUCCUGACGAGAAGGGGAGGGGAGAGCCAAUCGGUCCUCCGGUCGGCAGCCGCCUCCGCACCUGUUUCGGAGACCCCGCCCUGCGGCUGCCCAGAGACACCCGCCCGCUCGGAGGAGGAAGAGGAGGAGGGGGGGCGACCACGACAACAACGGGGGAGUGGGUGCUGCCGGCGCCGAGCACCUGGCUCUGCCGCCGUCACCCCCACCCCCCCCGAACCCCCGCUCCUCGCCUCUCGCCUUCCUUAGUCGGCCGCCCCUCAGGGGACUGCGAGUGGCGGGAAGAGCGGGGGCUCUGCGUGGCGAGUAGGAACCACACGAGGGCCGGGUCAAGCAGCGGGUGGAGCCGGGGCUCGCUUCGGCGAAAAAGCCCCCUUCAAAGCCGUCGCUGUCUGGCACGGUGCCCGGAGCUUUCUUUUGCUUUGCCUUCCCGUUUGUAGCCCGGAGUGAAAACUCAAAACUCUGUGCCGAAAAUCCCGGUUGGCCGAAGAGGAGCUGUGGCGUGGGCGGCAGGAUGAAUCCCAAUGUCACCUACGCCAGCCGCAAGCGGCGGAAACCCGUGCAGAAGAUAGUAAAACCUUCGCCUCCUGAAGGAGUGAAAUCAAAUCCAUCGAAAAGGCAUAGAGAUCGAUUGAAUGCUGAGCUGGAUCGUUUGGCUGGUCUUCUGCCAUUCCCUCAGGAUGUUAUUGCCAAAUUGGAUAAACUGUCUGUACUUAGACUGAGCGUGAGUUACCUGAGAGCCAAAAGUUUCUUCGAUGUUACAUUGAAGUCAAGGAGUUCAGCAAAGCCUGAAAGAAACAGCAUGCAGGACAGCAACAGCACCGUGCAGACCAUAGGGAGAAUGAAUAUGCUAGAAGGUGAACUUUUGCUGCAGGCAUUAAAUGGCUUUGUGCUAGUGGUCACAUCAGAUGCCCACAUAUUUUAUGUGUCUUCAACAAUCCAGGAUUAUUUGGGUUUCCAGCAGUCUGACAUUAUACACCAGUGUGUAUUUGAAUUAAUUCACACAGAAGAUAGACCAGAAUUCCAGCGUCAGAUUCACUGGGCUCUUAAUCCUAUACAGUCCACAGAUUCCGGACAGAUAAUUCAAGGAGAUAAUGGCUUUCAACAAAUAGCAACAUAUUACAACCCUGACCAGCUUCCCCCUGAGAAUUCGUCCUUCAUGGAGCGAAAUUUCAUUUGUAGAUUACGCUGUCUCUUGGAUAAUUCAUCUGGAUUUUUGGCUAUGAAUUUUCAAGGGAGAUUGAAGUUUCUCCAUGGUCAGAACAAGAAAGGGAAAGAUGGAACUGUUAUAUCGCCCCAGUUGGCUUUGUUUGCAGUGGCUACUCCACUUCAGCCACCUUCUAUUCUUGAAAUUCGUACGAAGAAUUUUAUUUUCAGAACCAAACAUAAACUGGAUUUCACACCAAUUGGAUGUGAUGCAAAGGGAAGAAUUGUGCUGGGUUACACUGAGGCAGAACUUUGCAUGAGAGGAACAGGAUACCAGUUUAUCCAUGCAGCCGAUAUGCUUUAUUGUGCUGAGAACCAUGUCAGAAUGAUAAAAACUGGAGAGAGUGGUAUGACAGUGUUUAGACUUCUUACCAAGGAAAAUCGAUGGGCCUGGGUUCAAGCCAAUGCUCGCCUAGUUUAUAAAAAUGGAAGACCAGAUUAUAUCAUUGCCACACAGAGGCCCCUUACAGAUGAAGAGGGGGCAGAACAUUUACGAAAGCGCAAUAUGAAACUGCCUUUCAUGUUUGCUACAGGUGAGGCUGUAUUGUAUGAAGUAGCAUUUCCUCAGCCUGGUAUAAUGGAUUCAUCUCAGACAAAGGUUAAAAGUGGUAUUGGAAAAGGAGCUGCUUCCAAGGUUGCACUGUGCAAAGAAUCUGUUGAUCCCAAUUCACUUUUGGGAGCAAUGUUGCAGCAGGAUGAAUCAGUUUAUCUUUGCCCACCUGCUUCAAAUAAAAUCUCUCUUGAGAGGGACUUUUUUGCAGACACUAGAGGUGAAUUGAGCAGCAUGAUGGCCAGAAAUUGGCAGGAUGCUCUUUUAUCAGUAGGGAAUAAUAGCAUCCUCAAACAAGAGCUGACUGACUGUCCUCAAGAUAGUAACUUGAUGGUCCCUGAAGAAAAUGUAGGGCUAUUUCAGGAUAACAAAAACAGUGAAUUGUUCAGUAUCAUGAAUAUGCUCGAGACUGACUUUGAUGAUAUAGACUUUAAUUUGCAGCAGGAAGAUGGGUUUUUUAAGAAUGAUUUUGCUGGUGCGGAUGACAUUAGAGAUGGUGAUAUAACUGAUGAAAUCUUGACCUAUGUUCAGGAGUCUUUAAAUAAGACUGAUGUAUUGUAUUCAAGUUGCCAGCAACAGGAUCCCAUGUUUCAGAAUACUGCUUGUUUAAUGCAGCAGCAAAUAGAUCAACAGCAGAUACCAACAAUGAUGGAGCAGCAGCUGCCACAGCAGCUGCCACAGCAACAGCAACUGUGCCAGAAGAUGGAGCACAUGCAGGUAAAUGGGAUGUUCACAGACUGGAACUCUCUCAACAGCACAACUCUUAACCCUUCUGAACAGCAGAUACAACCAUUUGAUUUUUCUGACAUACAAGAAAUAACUCAGGAGUUCCCUUACAAAUCUGAAGACAGUACACCAUCAUAUGCCUGUAGUGAGGAAUAUACCACUUACAAGCAACCUGCCAGCAUGAUGCCACAAUUCCCAGAUUUUACAGAGGUAGACUUUUUCACUGAAAACUUUAAUCUGUCUACUUUUCCAAGUUCCUCUGAUUUAGAUUUUCUCAACUGUUUUGAAGUCCCUGAAAGUCAGCCCUGUGAGCAGAACUCUCAGCAAGUUACAGAAACUCCGGAGGCAUGCUAUGCUGGUGCUUUGUCAAUGUAUCAGUGUAUGUCUGAAGCCCAGGCAAACGGGUCAGAGCAAAUGCAGUAUGAUCCUGUCUUAUUGGAACAGGAGCCAUCAAACAAGUUUCAGAAUAUUUUUGCUGAAGAAAACUUGCAUGAUGAUUAUCUACAGCAAUUAGAUGCUGUCAGCACUCAAUCUGGAGCACAUCUUCAGCCACUUCAUCAUUCAACAGAGACCAGAUCAUUCUCAGAUUUAGCAUCUAACGGUUUUAUGUAGUUCAGCAACAAAGUCCUGCAGAGAGUUUGAUCAAGACUCUAAGUGGAGAAUGAAAAUCAGAUGUUGCACUUAAUAUGCAUGCAUAUAGAAUACAUCAUUCAAAACUUGAUAUUUAUAUGUGGAAGUUGGAGCUAUUCCUAUAGCCUAAAAGUGUGCACAUGUCAGUGAGAGUAUGCACCAUUAUAAUAUAAUUGCUGCAUCACAUUUAGAGCAUAAGAUAAGGCAAAUGGUUUUAUUGUUUUAAAAAUAAAAUGGAUACUCUGAGAAUCUUGUUUGGAAUAGCAUAAAAAUUUCAUACAUUGCUUCAAGCUUUUUUGAACCUGGUGUUCUAGUCAGAAGAGCAAGUAAAGCAUAUAGUUUAAUUGCAUACUUGCUUAUGAUUUUCCAUUUCUUCUUUUAUUUUACACUUCAGGUUCUAGCACUUUAAUAGAAAGUUUGAUAGAAAAAAAUGAAAUGCAGUUUUAGGUUUUGUACAACAAAUUUCAUUGCAUUACUUCUUUACAGUUAGCCCAAGUGCCUCACAAAGUAGCUUCAUUAUCUUCAAAAGGCACUUGUAGGAAAGGAGAAGUUAUUCAUUAUGAAAACUAGUAGUCUGCAUUUUAUGGCUGUUCUUUUGUUGCUGUAGUUUGUUUGAAAGCGAAGGAUAUUACUUUAGAUUUCUAUUUCUACUAAGUAUAAUUCUGCUUUUUUAGGGCUUCAGGUAAGGCUUCUUGUAAGAGAUUAAGAUUUUUUAUUUUAUGUUCAGCUGCUUUUUUGCAUUCUUCAGGUAGAACAGGGUAAAACAGGCAUCUUGUAGGAGUAUUCAUCUCCUAAAAAUUGUUUUUGAAUUUCAUAUAUUACAGAAAAAAACAUGUGCCUUAUCUUGUGUUGCAAUGCUUACUCAGAAGUCUUUUUUUUAAAAGCAUAACCCUGUUCUAUGCAAAUAAUUCCAUUAAAAUUGUUAUUGAAUGGUUAAUUUUUUAAAAAAUAGCAUAAAUAGCAGUAGUAAAUACUAUUAACUUUUACUUUAGCUAACAUUUCUACACCAUGUCACAUAUUGAUCGGCUGCUUUUUCCUUCUGUUUCAGUGGGAAAAGAGUCCACUGACAUUAAACAUCCCUGAUGAUUGCACUCUGAAAGAAAAAGCUCUUUCUAUUUUGCAAAUUCACUUUAAAUGUCUUUGUUCACCUGAUAAAAUUUAAAAUUUAUUUUAAUUCAAAUUUAGAAAGAAAAUAUCCUUGCAAGAAAAAGGAUACUUUAAAUUCUGUUUUAAAAUGUAAAGAAGAACCCCUAGUAUUAGGGAUUUUUUUAACCUGAAGAUUUUUUAGUAAUGUAAGCACCAAUGUUUGGUGUUUUGUAGUAGUUUAAGUGAGGGCAGGAAAUAUACAUGUACAGGCAAAUGAAUGCCAAUAUAUGAUGUGUAGUUAACAUAUAAUAAGUUCCAUUUAUAACAUUAUAAAAUACUUUAAAGAAGUUAAUUUUAAAACGUUAUCAAUACACAUAACAUAUAUUGCAUAACUGUAUAUCACAAAUUACAGAAUAGUGUUGUUUGAUUUUUUUUUUUUUUUUUAGUGAAAAUACUGCCUCAGGAGUAUGUUCAGAUUUUUGAUGAAAUAACUGUUUCAGUCAAAUUUAAUGAAAAGAAUACAAGGAAUGUUUUGUAGGGGCAUGACUAGGUGAUUUGGUUUCAAGUGAUUCAAAUGCGUUACAUUUUUUAAAAAAUUCUUCCCAAAUUUAUGUAAUACUGAUCUUCUAGCAAAGAUUGUUAAGUAAUUUGUAAAACUUUGAAUUUAACUAGCACAACUUUUAAAGAGCUUUAAAAAGUACUUCUUGAUUGCAUACUACAAUCAAAUAACAUUCAUAAAUAAACAUGAUUUUAAAACCAUAUUGUCUCAUAAGGCACUAGAGGCCUUGCCCAUCCCUAAAUUUAUUAGUUCGGUAAUAACUUAAUUAUUUCUGAAAAUUUCAUAUGGUCUUGUUUCUAAAUGAUUUCUAUUGCUUUUUUAAAAAAAAACAAAACCCAUAUAUGAUUACUAUUACCAUUAUAAGGGUAAUGUUAACAAUCAGAAAACCUACUUUAAAAAGUCAAGGUUCAAAGGGAUAGCGUACUUUUUAUAUAAAAAGAAAAAUGUGGGGAAAGCCACAACAAAAAAUUUCUGUGUAUCAUUUCACUGCUAUGCCAAAUAUUAUCCAAUCACGUAAGUGCCAAGGUUGCAAUACAAACUGUGUGCUGCCUUAUUGUAAGUUAGUUUAUGUUAUGCAUAAUAUCAGCUGUUUUUCUUCAUUAGGUUGUGCCUAUAUACAACAAACCUGUGUAUUGGUGUUGCACUUUUGAUCUACAUCGUACUCUUAAAGCAAUGAAAUUCUAACUUCAUCCCUUGAAAACUUACCUGCCUUCCCCUCAUUCCAAAGAAAUUAUUGCCUAGUUUUAAUCAGUAUUAGUGCACCCUUUUGUAGUUUAUGUCUUGACUUUUUCUCUUUCCCUUCAUUCCCCAUUCCCCUUUUGUCUAUGUUUUAUGUUAUACAAUUAAUUUCUUCUCUGUAAGGUUAUAAUUUUGUAGUGCUUUUAAUGAGCUUCAGUAAAACUUGUAAAGCUUAAUAUAUGGUAAUAAAAUAUCUCCUGAAUA